CGCGUUGACGUCAGCACAGUCAGGAAGAGAAUUGAACACGUGGGUCUGGUUUCUUCGUUUUACAAGAGAGUGAAAAUCGUUUUGGGGUCUAAUAUCGGUUCAUUGGCAGAAUCAUGGCAGUCCGUGCGUCCUUUGAAAAGAACAAUGAAAUCGGAUGUUUUGCUAAGCUCACAAACACAUACUGCUUGGUUGCUAUUGGCGGCUCUGAAAACUUCUACAGUGUCUUUGAAGGCGAGUUAUCAGAAACAAUCCCUGUAGUUCAUGCGUCUAUAGCAGGAUGUCGUAUUAUCGGUAGAAUGUGUGUAGGAAAUCGUCAUGGUCUUUUGGUGCCCAACAACACAACAGAUCAGGAAUUACAGCACAUUCGAAACAGCUUGCCAGAUACACUCCGGAUUCAAAGGGUAGAAGAGCGGCUCUCCGCGCUGGGGAACGUCGUUGCUUGUAACGACUAUGUUGCUCUGGUUCAUCCUGAUCUAGACAGAGAAACUGAAGAAAUUUUGGCCGACACUUUAAAAGUGGAAGUUUUCCGACAGACGAUUGCAGAACAGGUGCUUGUGGGUAGUUACUGCACCUUUAGUAACCAGGGAGGACUCGUCCACCCUAAAACCUCCAUAGAAGAUCAAGAUGAACUUUCUUCGCUCCUGCAAGUGCCUCUAGUGGCCGGAACGGUGAAUCGCGGCAGCGAGGUGAUCGCUGCUGGUAUGGUGGUGAAUGACUGGUGUGCGUUCUGCGGAUUGGACACCACGAGCACUGAGCUGUCUGUCAUCGAAAGCGUUUUUAGACUGAGUGAGACACAGCCCAGAGCCAUAGCAACUACUAUGAGAGAUUCACUUAUUGACAGCCUCACAUAAAUCAAAUGGUUUGGGAUAUUUGUCGGAGGAUGUCUGCAGAGGACCUGUACAUCAACAUCAGGUGGUUUAAAGCCUGAAUAUAUCUUCUUUGAGGAAGAAUCGCACUCUUCAUAACAUGAGAAAUGUUGUCAUUGUAAUAUUCAUGUUUAAAAUGGUUGUCACACCUGUCUUUUGUAAAACGCAAAGACAAACCCCUGUGUGUGCCUGGCUGAUUUUAAUAAAAAAUCAUCUUCAGACAUAAAUUACAUCACAUGUCCCUUAAAGGGAUAGUUCACCCAAAAAAUAAAAAUUCUGUCAUCAUUUACUCACACUCUGUAUACAUUUCUUUGUUCUGCUGAACACGAAGGAAUAUAUUUGGAAGAAGGUCAGUAACCAAACAGAUCUCAUACCCCAUUGACUCCCAUAGUAUUUAAUUCCCCCACUAUGGCAAUAAAUGGGGGAUGAGAUCUGUUUGGUUACAGACAUUCUUCAAAAUAUCUUUCUUUGUGUUUAGCAGAACAAAGAAUUUUAUACAUGUUUGGAACAACCUGAGUGUGAGUAAAUGACAGAAUUUUCAUUUUUGGGUGAACUAUCCCUUUAAGUGGUUAAUGAAGAUUGAUUUUACGUCUUCAUAGUGCAGUGCACCAUCAAUAAAGCUGUGCAUGGUCAAUACUGUGAAGGCUGUGUUAAUAAUACAAAAUAUUCUCAUGAAUUGUUGUGACUAUAAGUUUUGAAUAUCAAUAAAAAGCUUUUGACAACA